GCACAAGAAGCCUGUUGUUUGCUCACUAAACCCGUUGCGCAAGUGUUCUAAUUUUCUAUCUAUACCAACCGGAAAGACAUUCACUUGCCAAUGGCGCUUCACUUUGACUAUAUCCUUUUUGCACCGGGAUUGGAUAACAAAGAAAUCCUUACUUUCACAUAAAGAUGUCACUGUUUACAAGUGACUCUCAAUCUUCAAACUCUCAAUUUAUUAAUCAAUAAUUUAGUUGUAAUGACUAAAUGCUGGCAUUCAAAAUGUCAUAUGACUUUUGUUACAUGAUAGGGGAAAUAUUCUUUCUCUGUUACCCGAUUAAAGCUCCUCCCUUUCUAAACACAGCCGAAUCAAAUGGGUCCUUAAAUCCAUAAUCCAUCCACAUGGAUACUUCCAAACUCCAACAAGCUUGAAGCUAUUUCUAGAUUCCCAAGGCUACACAGAUUCUUUACUCUUAUAAUUUUGGAAAGAAACGACACUAGAAUUGAUGAAGUUAAUGGAAGCGGACCCAGUAGCAAAGGAGUUUCCAGUUCCACAGUCAGAGGUCACCACACUAGAGCCGCCGCUGCCGCCGCCCGUGGAGGCGUUGCUGCAGAAAAUAUGUGUGGAGCAGUCCCAGACGCCGCCGGACGCGGUGGUUAGGAGGCGGCUGGCCGCGGUGGGAGAAGAAGGGGCGAAGGAAAUCUUGGAGAGAGUUGCUGCUCGGAAGGUGAGAAGGUUAAUAGUGUAAUUAUAAGGACUCUUAUGUAAUUACUCUUAAUAUUGAUUAUUAUAAAUACAUGCCUAGGGCUACCUAUUGGGUAAGCCAUUCCAUCACAAUUAUUCUCUCAUAUGGUAUCAGCAGCCUAGAUUUUACAUCCUAGAAAAAUAUGUCGACUACUCCUUCUGCGGCGCACGUACCUCCCUCCUCGUUGCCGCCUGCAACUACUCAGCCGAUUCUCUCAACUUCAACAUCCGGCUCUUCGUCGAUCAACACCAGCACCGUGCCGGUUACUCUCACGCCUACAGCGCCCGCACCGACGGAGCAGCACUUCUCCCCCGGCGUCACCAUGUCACCGCAGUUGUCCUCUCGGCUAACAAUGCCUUCUACGUCGUUGGGAUCUUUUCGUCUGUUUAAUAUGUCGGAACCCUUCUCUUGGACGCCAACUAUGCCCUCCAUCCAACGGCCUACUGUAUCAGUCCGUCCGGCAGCUCCUCUUCCCACGCACUAUUCAGGUCCCAUGUUCACAGGCCAGCCGGGUGUCAUGCCUUUCGAGUCUUCCUCCACAUAUGAGCACACUGCCACUCCGGUAACUACUUCCACUUUAUCCCAAUUAUCAUCUCAGUUAACAUUUUCUACUCCCAAUGUUACCAAUAUUGUGACUACUCGUUUGGAUAAAGUGGAGGAUUAUCUUCCCUGGCGUACGCAGUUUGAAUCAUUUUUAGUCUCUCAUGGAUUGUUGGGGAUUAUUGACGGAUCCAUCCUUGCCCCACCCCAAACAAUUUUUGAUGCCCCUAACCCUGAGUAUCAUUCCUGGCUAAAAAUAGAUCAGACUGUUAGGUCAUGGUUGUUUGCUACUUUAUCUCGCAAUAUUUUACUGGAAGUACACACUCUUCACUUUUCUACCUUAACUUGGGAAUGGUUGGAGACUCGGUUCAUGGCAGCCUGUGUGGCUAGAUCAAUUGAACUCAAACGAAUUUUAUCUAGCUUAAAGAAAAAGGAUGACCAAUCCAUGGAUGACUAUUUGCGGGAAAUAAUUGUUUUGACUGAUUCCCUAAACUCAAUCAAUUCUCCAAUCAGUAAUCGUGAACUCCUUCAGCAAACGGUUGCUGGUUUGGGACAUGAAUAUGAAUCAGUCAUUACUUCUGUUACUUUAUUCCCGGAUAGCUUUACCUUUGAAUCCUUGAGGCCCCAAUUAAUGGCAUUAGAACAACGGGCACUUUAUCUUCGAACUCAAAAUGCUCAUCCGGGACACCAAGCAUUUGUGGCACAUGAGCAGCAACCUGCAGUCCGCCCUCCGGGCCGAGGGGGUUCAGCAGCUCGUGGUAAUGGGGGCAGGGGCUUCCGCGGUGGUGGUCGCGCUCGAGGACAUCGUGGUCGUGGUAGAGGCUAUGGAGGACAACACGGCUAUGGUUAUGGAGGACAGCAGGGAGGUUACGACCAACAGCCUGCAUGUGGUCAUCCUCCUCUUGCUCCAGUGCCUGGACCGUACGGGUGGCAGCAGGGAGCUCCUCCUCGGGCUCCUCAACAGGCUGGGUUUCCAGGAUUCCCAUCUGUUGAGCAUAAUUAUCCAUCCCCUGCACCGCUUGUUGUUUGUCAACUUUGUUAUUCCCCAGGUCACUCCGCUAUAAAUUGUCCUCGUUUCACUAAUUCUACACCAGCCUUGGCGGCCAUUCCUACGGGUGAAACAAAUGCGUCUGUGUGGUACCCGGACUCAGGUGCUUCCGCUCACAUGACCCCACAUGAAGGACAAUCACACGGGAGCCAUACUUCUCCAGGCCUCCAAUAAGGACUCAGUUUAUCCCUUUAGAGCAGCCCCGUUGCCUACUCCGUCUCUAGCUCUACAAACCAAGCUUAUCUCUGGUCCAGUCUGGCACAAGCGUCUUGGUCAUUGUGGGGAUCGUGUUAUUUCAGUCCUUAGGAACAAUAAAUUAAUUACUAGUACUAGUACUUUUUCCCAUGAUUGUGUUUCGUGUAAACUGGGCAAGUCCCAUCGCCUUCCUUUUUCUGAUGUUACUCGUACUGUUACUGCUCCAUUACAAAUCAUUCAUUCUGAUGUUUGGCAGUCGCCUGUGUUAUCAAACUUAGGUUUUAAAUAUUAUGUCUCUUUUAUUGAUGAUUU